CCCCUCCUCACAGAUCUGUGUCUGUGCGCCUUUAAGAGCUCUACAUCCUGCUGCCUUCUGCACUAAAUCUCCAUCGCUGCCCUGUGAGGGGGAGAGAGAGAGAAAAAAAAACAAAAAAAAACACACAGAAAGCCACAGCAAUGUCCGACCGCUCUGCUUUCAACGACGAGAAAGGGGGCUCCUCCAGCGUCGGAGAGCCUGAAUAUGGUCACGACCCGGCGAGCGGAGGGAUUUUCUCCUCCGACUACAAAAGACAUGACGACUUAAAGGAGAUGCUGGACAGCAACAAAGACUCCUUGAAGCUGGAGGCAAUGAAGCGGAUCGUGGCUAUGAUCGCCCGAGGUAAAAACGCAUCAGAUCUUUUCCCUGCUGUGGUGAAAAAUGUGGCCUGUAAAAAUAUUGAGGUGAAGAAGCUGGUCUAUGUGUACUUGGUGCGUUAUGCCGAGGAGCAGCAAGAUCUCGCUCUGCUCUCCAUCUCCACAUUUCAGCGAGGCUUGAAGGAUCCAAACCAGCUGAUCAGAGCCAGCGCCCUGCGAGUCCUCUCCAGCAUCCGAGUCACUAUCAUCGUCCCCAUAAUGAUGUUGGCCAUCAAAGAAGCUGCUUCAGAUAUGUCUCCAUACGUCAGGAAGACAGCUGCUCACGCAAUCCCCAAACUCUACAGUUUGGAUCCAGAACAGAAGGACCAGCUGAUUGAAGUCAUAGAGAAACUGCUCGCUGACAAAACCACGUUGGUUGCGGGAAGCGUCGUUAUGGCUUUUGAGGAGGUGUGUCCGGAGCGAAUCGACCUGAUCCACAAGAACUACAGGAAGCUGUGUAACCUUCUGAUCGACGUGGAGGAGUGGGGGCAGGUCGUCAUCAUCAACAUGCUGACCCGCUACGCCAGGACCCAGUUCCUCAACCCAAACAUCAAUGAGUCCCUGCUGGAGGAGGGAGGAGGCGGGGAGAAGACCUUCUACGGCUCUGAUGAAGAUGAGGACGAGGAUGAGGAGGAGAAGGAGAAGAAGGCUGAGGCUGCAGUAAUGGCCAAGAGGAAGCCGUACGUGAUGGAUCCAGACCACCGGCUGCUGCUGAGGAACACUAAGCCACUCCUGCAGAGCCGCAACGCAGCUGUGGUGAUGGCCGUGGCUCAGCUGUACUUCCAUCUCGCCCCUAAAGCAGAGGUCGGGGUGAUCGCCAAGGCUCUAGUUCGUCUCCUGAGGAGCCACAGUGAAGUUCAGUUUGUUGUUCUUCAGAACGUGGCAACAAUGACGAUCAAGAGAAGGGGGAUGUUUGAACCGUACCUAAAGAGUUUCUACAUCCGCUCCACAGACCCAACCCAGAUCAAAGUCCUUAAGCUUGAGGUUCUCACCAAUCUGGCCAAUGAGACGAACAUUUCCACCAUUCUCAGAGAGUUUCAGACUUACAUCAAAAGUAUGGAUAAAGACUUUGUGGCUGCCACAAUUCAAGCUAUUGGCCGCUGUGCUACCAAUAUCGGUGAGGUGAGGGACACGUGUCUGAACGGCCUGGUGCAGCUGCUGUCCAACAGAGACGAGCUAGUGGUUGCAGAGUCGGUGGUUGUUAUCAAGAAGCUGCUGCAGAUGCAGCCGGAGAAGCACAGUGACAUCAUCAAGCACAUGGCGAAGCUAACGGACAACAUCCAGGUGCCGAUGGCGCGGGCCAGUAUUCUGUGGCUGAUUGGAGAAUACUGUGAACAUGUACCUAAGAUCGCCCCGGAUGUCCUGAGAAAGAUGGCCAAGUCGUUUACUAACGAGGAGGACAUCGUCAAGCUACAAAUCAUCAACUUGGCCGCCAAGCUCUAUCUCACCAACUCCAAACAGACCAAACUGUUGACACAGUAUGUUCUGAACUUGGCCAAGUAUGACCAGAACUACGACAUCCGUGAUCGGGCGCGCUUCAUUCGCCAGCUCAUUGUGCCCACCGAGAAGAGUGGAGCCCUUAGCAAGUACGCUAAGAAACUGUUUCUCGCCCUCAAGCCAGCACCCGUCCUCGAGUCUCCAUUUAAAGAUCGAGACCACUUCCAGUUGGGUUCAUUGUCCCACCUGCUGAAUGCCAAGGCUGGGGGCUACCAGGAGUUGCCCGACUGGCCUGAAGCCGCCCCAGACCCCUCCGUGCGCAACGUGGAGGUGAAGGAGUCUGUGCCUGAAUGGACCAAAUGCAGCAGCAGGGAGAAGAGGAAGGAGAAGAAAGUGGAGAAGCCGUUCUACUCCGACUCAGAGGGCGAGUCUGGGCCCACGGAGUCCGCCGACAGUGAGUCGGACUCUGCCAGCGACUCGGAAAGCGCCAGCGCCAGCGAGGAGAGCGGGUCAGGAUCGGAGAGCGAAGAGAGUGAAGAAGGCUCCGAGUCUGAGGAAGAGGAGGAAGAUGAAGAGGAGAAGGAGAAGAAGAAGAAAAAGAAAGAGUUUAAGAAGGCAGCGCAAGAGAGCGAAAGCGAGCAGAGCAGUGAAGAGGAAGAGAGGAAGCACGAGAGGAAGAGUAAACAGCGUAAGAGCGACUCUGAGUCAGAAUCUGACGAAGAGGAUGAAAGCGAAUCCGAGAGCAGCCAAUCAGAGUCUGAAGACUCCGAGUCUGAGACAGAAGUCAAAAAGAAAAAGAAGGCAGCUGAAUCUAAACCUCCUUCCAAGCCUGUCAAAAAAGAGAGCAAGAAAGAGAAGAAAGAAAUGUCUCUACUCGACCUUGAUGACUUUGAACCCGCUCCCUCUCCUCAAGUGACGCCCGUCAACUCGUUCCUGUCCAACAGCCUUGUGACCGACCUGGAGGGAUUAUCUUUGUCUGACGCUGUUCUCUCCCCGGCUACCAUCGCUCCCUCCAGCGCUUUGAAGAACUAUGAGCUGCUGCACCGCAUCACGGGCGAGGGUCUGUCGGUGGAGUACUGCUUCAGCCGACAGCCGUUCAGCCCGGACGCUAACAUGGUGGCGGUGCAGAUGCAGUUCACCAACAACGCCACCUCCGACACCAAGAACCUGCACAUUGAGGACGUGAAGCUGCAAUCUGGGAUGAGGGUCAAAGAGUUCCCGGAGAUUGAGCUGCUGCCAGCAGGCGAGACGGCCACAGCUGUGAUGGGCAUCGAUUUCUGUGACUCAACACAAGCGGCGAACUUCCAGCUGUGCACUCACACCAGGAAAUUCUUCGUGUCGAUCCAGCCGCCAGUCGGAGAGCUGAUGAAGCCUGUUUUUCUGACAGAGAAUGAGUUUAAAAAGGAGCAAGGUCAGCUGAUGGGUAUGAAUGAGAUCACGGAGAAGCUGACCCUCGACGUGAAGUGCCGGGACGAACACGCCAUCGUCCAGAGGGUGACCGCCGCCGCCAACCUCAGCAGAGUCCCCUGCGGUUCAGAUAAGGAAUGCAGUCCUCCUGUUCCUCCUCCUCCUCCUGAUCAUCCUGUCCACAGGUUCGCCGGCAGGACGGUCACCAGCGGCAGCUUGGUGUUGGUCACCGUGGCGACCAAAGAGGAAGGUGCCGCCCAGCUGACGGUCAACUGUGAGAAAAUGGUGAUCGGCACCAUGCUGGUGAAAGACAUCCUCCUGGCUCUGACGCAGUGACGCGUGACGGCGCCCGACCUUUGCCCCUCUGCCCCCCCCCCCCACCUCCCCACUCCACUCACCUCGCACAUACCGUCCAAGACUCCGUUCUCCUGUCCGCCGUGUCAGUGAGGAAGUUUCCAGAAUGUUUAAUUCCAGUUUGUUGUUUUGUUUAAGAGCCGCCACUUUUAGAAAUUACUCCUUGAAACACUGAAUGCCACAGCUGUACGACGUAUUUAUGACAAUCAGACACAAUUUAUGCCAGACCUGAUAUGAAAUCCCUCUCUGCUUUCUAAUGUUUUUUUUAUACAUAUAAUCAAAAAAUACUUAUUUAGCAACAUAUUGUACUUCCUCGAGGAGCCAUAAGAGAUAAGUGUUCAAAAACACGACAGGAGGUGAGCUCCAAGUUUCAACACCUUGACAAAAAAAGGUCAACACAAGGUCCACUUCCUUUGCUUUCUCACAUCUCAUGGUCUUCCUCAGCAGAUGGAGCCGCUCAGUCGUCUGGACUGAGUCUGAACGAACACAGACGACAUCAGCCGUCUGUUCACAGCAACCUCAUUAUAUGAUUACCUGUAACAAUGUGACCAAAAAUGUCCCUACUUAGGUCACGUGAUUAUAACUGAGCAAACUCCAUCCGCUCCGUCCUCCAUGAGGAAAACUCAAAGGAAGAGGAGCUCGUGUUGAUAUUUCUAAACAUUGUUACUGUGACGUUAUGAGAAUAUAAAAAAAAAACACACAACCAGAGAGAGAACCAGAUUAUUACAAACAUGUCAGAGUCUGAAAAAAAUAAAACUUCGAAAUAAUACAGUUUCAAACAAAACAUCUGCUUGAGAGGAGUUUUUUAAUUAAUUAGAAUGAGGUGCCCGAAUAAGUGAUGUAAUUCUUAUUCUUUAACAACACAAUUUAUAAUAAAUAGCUUGUUAGUUAUCAGCUGUCAGACUAUUAAAAAAUGUAGAUAAUAAACUGUAAGUCAUAGAAAAUAAAGGUGUAAAUUCUCCAACAGGUGAAAGAUCAGUUUAGUAAAUUCUCAUCAUCAUAUUUUCAGUCAUUACUUGAAUGUGGCAUGAAGGCUCGACUGAGACAACGAGCACCUGUAACUGAAUCAUUUUGACGCAGUAAAUGUUAAUAAUCAAUAACUCACUGAUCCCGAUCUGCAUCCCAAAUUCUACCAUUUGCCUACAGUAGCCGUCAUAGUGCACACGUUCAUCACAGUAAGUGGGGCAUUUAUAAAAAGUCAAAAUGUAUAAAUGUUACUGUAUGUAUUGCAACAUGUAAUACAGUACUACUAUAAGGUGUGGUGUGUGUGUGUGUGUGUGUGUGUGUGUGAGUGUGUGAGUGUGUGUGUGUGUGUGUGUGUGUGUGGGUGUGAUGACACUCAAUAUUGACCUGGCAAACAUUAACUCGCUGUUUUGAACAUUGACUCUCGUAACACUUGACUUGAAAUCUUUGUGGAGGAUCUUAAAGGUGCAGUGUGUAGAAUUUAUUGGUCCUCUUCCAUGUUGCACCGCCAUGUUUCUACAGUAGCCCAGAAGGGACAAACCAAACACUGGCUCUACAGAGGGCCUUUUGCGUUUUUCGCAGCCACUGUAGGUUUUGAAGGGGAGGGUGAUGGCGAGGGGGGACGAAGGGUUGCAAUCUGCAACCUCACCACUAGAUGCCACUAAAUCCUACACACAGGUCCUUUAAGCACAUGAUCAACCCCCCAAGAGACAAACACUAGAGCUGCAGUCGAUUAAUCGAUUAGUUGCCAACUAUUAAAUUAAUAGGCAACUAUGUUGAUUAUCGAUUAAUCAUUUG